AUGAGACAGUGGUUUAAGGCUGUGAUGUCACACGUUUGCAGGAGUGAAGAAGCAGACGGACGAGCACUUGGCCCUGACCGUGUUGAGGCACUGGGACGAGAUCCCCAGAGUGGGCUGUCCGCUGGUCCCGGAGCACGUGGAGACCAGGCCCCUGCUGAACCCAGACAAGCCGGGCAUCGAGCAGGGCCGCCUGGAGAUGUGGGUGGACAUGUUCCCAAUGGACUCGCUGGCCCCAGGACCUGCUCUGGACAUAUCGCCACGGAAACCAAAGAGCUUUGA